AUGCAGGUCGUCAAAGGUCGCGUUAUGCCGCGCCCCUGCCAGAAGCGGCGUGCACGUGUCGCUGCACAGAGAGGCGGGAUUGCAAAACCGGCAGCACCACCUCCACCACCGAAGCCGAAAGUACCGGCGCGAGGAAAGCCAGGGCGAGGGCGCAGCCGAGGUCGCAGCGGUCGCGGCGGGAACGUUGGAGGCCGACCAACACGCGGACAAAGCAGCCGAGGUGGCUCAGGAGAUAUCAGGAACAACUUCACGCAUGGAAAAAACACCCAAGACGGUGCAGAGGAGUUCAGAUCGUUCGUCGAGGCCCAGAGGAGCGGCAAUCAGUUUGGCGCACUGAACAACAAAACGCGCGCAGGCGGUGGCAGCUCGUUGGACCCAAUCACCCUCGACGACUCAGACGGCAGCUCAGACCUUGAGGAGGGUGAGCUUACAGACGAUGGCUCAGAUAUGGACGAUUCCAUGAGUGAGCUCGACACAGACGAAAGCGCGGACGACAUGAUGAUCAACCUUGGAGAAGUUCACACCCAACAGGGGAGAUCGAGAAGGGCAGAGGUCAUGUUCACCGCGCUUGAGGCAGUGGCCAUCUACCACAGCAUGCAUCGGGCCGGCUUCCCGUUGGCAUCAAGGAAAAUGGGCAGAUUUGAUGCCAGAGGAGAGAUCACGCAGGUCGAGAUUGGUGCAGUCUACACCAGCAACUACAAUGGGGCGCAGAACACCCAUAUCACGUUUUUAGCCGAGGCGAACGAAUUCGUACCAUACAGAAGCGCUGGCGACCACUCGACGAGAUCAAGCAGGUAUGUCUCAGACUUUCCACGCGGACAGCAACCGCCCGCAAACAACCCUACGAACGCGCGACCUUCCAGACCACGAUUACCCGACCACGAUUUUGUCAAGGACUACGUGUUCGACUGGGGCAGGUACAGGGGCAGCCACAUCUCAGACGUGCCAGAGAGCUAUCUGCGCACAAUUGGCGGGCAGUCCUUUUAUUUCGACGGCAGACAUCCAGGUCUGAAGGAGGCAUUCGACUACAACCGCUCGCAGGUGAGGCAGACAGCAACAAACUCAUAUCCUGAAGCCCAAGACCCAGUCCAAGCCCCGAGACGCGCACGCGGUGGAGCUUCACCCUACCAGAAGUACAAAUUACCUAAGGGCGCGCAUGCCGGCAGGCGUCUUGAUCAGGUUGACGAAAACUACAUUCGAACGAUCGAGGGCAUGCCAACCGUCGUCAAUUCAUGGCCUGGCCUGAAAGAAGCACUGGCAGACUUCAACGAAAAGACUGGCCGUCAAGGAAAAUACUUUCCUGAAUCCGCUAUUUGA